CCGGAGUGGGAAGUGGUGACCUUUGUGGAGGGCGCAGUGCGGAAACACCUGCCAAGAUGGGUAUCCACUUUGGAAACCUGGCACGAGUGAGGCACGUGAUCACCUACAGCUUGUCUCCCUUUGAACAGAGAGCCUUUCCUAACUACUUCUCCAAAGGGAUUCCCAACACCUGGCGGCGAUUCAGUACGCAGUUCUUCCGGGUGGCUCCUCCGUUGAUCAUCGCCUACGUGAUCUACUCCUGGGGGAAUGAAGAAUUUGAACGCCUGAAAAGGAAGAACCCAGCCGACUAUGAAAAUGAUGUCUAAGUUGGC